GAAGUAUGCCAGACGCCAUACGGUCAAUACGACAUACGGUGCAAAAAAAAUAAGCAACGACAUAACAAAAGGAGGGAAUGGAUGAGUGCGAAGCUUCAGAUCUCUAUACGAGUACAUACACAUACAUACAUAUUAUAAUGGCUGCCAAAGUAGACGCAAAGGUUGUCAAGGCCUGUAUCAAGGAGGGAGGCAAGAAGGGCCAGGAUCUAUGUGGUAUGGCUGAUUUGGGAUCUAUCAACUUCUUCAACGUCGUGAUCGAUGCCGCCGAGGGACGUGAUGACUACCUUGACGAGUGCAUGAAGGGAGCCAACAUGGAGGUAGAUGCCGAGGCCGAAGACCGCAAGGGUGGAGCCCACGGUCUGGGAAAGUUGUUCUAUUCCGCUGGAACCGAUCGUUUGGCGUUCCUAUGCCACGUACCUGCUGCUCUAAGUAAGGAGAAGGAUGUCACCAAGGAAGACUGGUUGAACGCUGUGUUGGCCUCGGUUGACGGAAAGGUUACCGAGACCAUCUCCGACGAGCUUAUCCGUGGAGAGGCACUAAAGGAGGGAGAGAAGUUCCCAUUGAAGAUGCGAGAUACUGCUAUCAAUGCCGGUUUCGCUUUCUUGCGUGAGAAGGGUCUUGUGCUGGAUGACGAGUCUAGUGACGACUGUGACUACGCCGAGGCCGCUGGUAUCGAGUGGUAAACUCGCCAUAAAGUACAUACUUAAUAAGAAGAUUGUAUAUACAAUAGUACUGUAGGAACGGGUUUGCCUGGCUGCCUGAUAAAAUGAUUUAGUAGACUGGUAGUAUGCUCGGAACGCUUCACAUUUCUUUCAGGAACAGAUGUAAAUAUGUUUACUGUGGUUAAAUAGUGCACCCUUCUGCUGGGCAGAAAAGUAAGGAACAGGGUGGAACUUUGUGAUUCUCAACCGUUAUUGUUUCGAUGUAUAGUAUACACGCAGUUUGGUAGUGGUCCAAUCUUGGCUUGGACCCCUUGCGGUUCAAGAGUCGAAUAUUGUAUAUGAGGACGUAAGGUAUCGAUGGACAUCAACUUCUAUUAAAGCUUUUCAUGUGAUAUAUGAAUAGAGAACUA